GUGGGCUGGGGAUCUGCCGGGGUAACGCACAGUGCUGUAGGAGAGGAAGGAGAGAGGGGCACAGCACAGCCAGCUUGGAUGGCACCGAGUGGGGAAAUGAGAGGUUUUCUUUUGGGAGGAAAUAUCUGAGGGCUUCCUCCCGGGGUGCACUCGGUGCUUCUGUUCUACUCUGACCUUUAUAACCACCAGGGCGCUUUUCUGGAGGGGGAUGUAAGAAGGAUUUGUGUUAUUCAUGUGUUGAAAUAAGGUGGCUUUGAUGAUUGCGGGACAGUGCCGUGCGCUGGGGCUGUUACAGAAGCUCAGGGCACAGCCACGGCUGCAGGUUGGGGGCAGGAAUUCUGCUUUUUUUAACAGAAAGAAAAUGUUUAUUUUAUUUUAAUACCUUUAGAGGAGAUAAAAUAGCUGCUAGGUUGGCAUGGUGCGGCACUGCCAGGCCCAUCACUGCUGCAAGGACCUUCCAGAUGUACCCAGCUGUUCACUGUGCCUGGGUGAGUGUGUGAGCCCAUGGGGGGGGGAAACGACCCAUGGGAUGGAGGUGGGAUGGUGUGGGAAUAGGGCUGGAUCGUGUGAGAAGGAUCAGCUCUAUGGCAGGGCCCAAUCCAGGCCUUGGUGAAAGGGUUAAUUGCAGCCAGGUGCCCUUCCUCCUUUGCAGUGCUGAAACCAAGUGUGACCCUUGUCCGUCUGUGGGCAGAGCACUGCAGGCAGUGACCUGUUGCUCAGCCUCCCUCUCCUUUUCCUGGAGCAGGAGGUGGCACCGUGCCCACGCCGAGCAGGGGGCUGCACACCCUGAGCUCUGCAGAAUCCUCACGCCUUGAUGUGUGCGAGCUGUCCUGGAGACAGCCAGACUGCUGCCCAUCAAUGGGUUAAAGCAAAGGCCAAGAGGAAAACGCAAUUUCCAUUUGUUUUGGCAUCGUUUGCAAACCUCGGGGACCCCGGCCUUGGGGAAAGGCAUGUGGAGGUCCCACGCUCACUGCGGGGCUGGCAUAGACUAAAACCUCCCUGAACGACCUUUCCACGAGGAGACACGUGGGUGGGCGCUGGGCUGCGCUUGGUGCCGGCGGAGCGCAGGGUGGCACGGGGACGUGAUGGUGCAGCAGGCGGCUGCGGUGCUGGGGUGGGGGGUGGCAGCCGUGCCAGUGCCCCCGGGCCGGGCGUCUCCACCCCCAGAGGUGCCACGGGUGCCGCAGGCGGCUGGUGCUGUCUGGGGACCAGGAGGAACCCAGCGCCCAGCCUGAGGGCAACGGGACCCCAUGGGGCUCUGCCCAUCUCCCCCUGCCUUUGCCGGGGCUCCCCCUGCUCUCCCCCCGAGUAGUGCCGGGAAUCAGCUGAUGCCUUAAUACGGGCCCUGGCGACAGCUGGAGGCUGCUGCUGCCGGCGGGGGCUGCGCUCCCUGUGCCCCCCCUGCUGCGGAUGGGGGCCCGGGUCCGCUCCGUGCUGGAUGGGGUCACCACGAUGCGCAGCAGGACGAUUCCCAGCAGUUAAGCUAGCAAAAGGCUGGAAGGGACACGGCGGUGGACAUGGGCAGAGCUCCAGCGCACACCCUGCUGCUGUCUCUUGUUCUGGGCUGCUCAGCUGCCUUCACCGAUGUGCUGCUGCCCGGCCCUGCGGAGCCGGUGGUCAACGUGGCCGUGGUGUUUGGGGGCACGUCCUACCCGCUGCACAUCCGCUCCCGCCUGAGUCCCCAGAGCUUCCUGGACAUGCCCCUGGAGAUCCACCCCAUCACCGUCAUCGUCAACAACACCAACCCCAGCACCCUCCUCACCCACAUCUGCAACGUGCUGGCCACCCACAAGAUCCAUGGCAUCGUCUUCGAGGACAAUGUCGGCACGGAGGCGGUGGCCCAGAUCCUGGACUUCAUCUCCUCCCAGACCCAGGUCCCCAUCAUCAGCAUCAGCGGGGGCUCUGCGGUGGUCCUCAGCCCCAAGGAGCCCAGCUCAGCCUUCCUGCAACUGGGCGUCUCCAUCGAGCAGCAGAUCCAGGUGAUCUUCAAGGUGCUGGAGGAAUACGACUGGAGCUCCUUCGCCGUCAUCACCAGCCUCUACCCGGGCUAUAACAUCUUCCUGGAGCUCAUUCGCUCCUUCACUGAUGCCAGCUACUUUGGCUGGGAGCUGCAGGACGUGCUCACCUUUGAGAUGAGCCAGGAGCGGAGCAGCUCCAGGACGCAGCGGCUCCUGCGGCAGCUUGACGCCCAGGUGCUCCUGGUCUACUGCUCACGGGAUGAGGCCGAGUUCCUCUUUGAGAUGGCCGGGCAAGCUGGGCUGGUGGGGCCGGGCUACAUCUGGAUCGUGCCCAGCCUCACGGUGGGCAACAUGGAGCAGCCGCCCACCUCCUUCCCCAUCGGCCUCAUCAGCGUGGUGACGGAGAGCUGGAAGCUGAGCCUGCGGCAGAAGGUGCGGGACGGGGUGGCCAUCAUCGCCAUGGGGGCAGCCAGCUUCUUCAGAGCCCAUGGCUUCCUCCCGGAUGUGGGGCGGGACUGCCGGGCACCCACUGCUGCUGCCAACGCCAGCUUCUACCGGCACCUCCUCAACGUGACGUGGGAGCACAGGGACUUCUCCUUCAACGAGGGCGGUUACCUGGUCAGACCCACCAUGGUGGUGAUCUCGCUCAACCAGCACCGGCUCUGGGAGAUGGUGGGGAAGUGGGAGCACGGCAUCAUCCACAUGAAGUACCCGGUGUGGCCCCGCUACGGCUCCUUCCUGCAGCCCGUGGUGGACAACCGGCACCUGACAGUGGCCACGCUGGAGGAGCGGCCGUUCGUCAUCGUGGAGAACACGGACCCCGGCACCGGCGUCUGUGUGCGCAACACCGUCCCCUGCCGCAAGCAGAGCAACGCCUCGGCCAGUGAUGGCCUCGCAGACCCCUACACCAAGCUGUGCUGCAAAGGAUUCUGCAUCGACAUCCUGAAGAAGUUGGCCAAGACGGUGAAGUUCUCCUACGACCUCUACCUGGUGACCAAUGGCAAGCACGGCAAGAUCGUGCGUGGGGUGUGGAACGGCAUGAUUGGUGAGGUCUACUACAAGCGCGCAGACAUGGCCAUCGGGUCCCUCACUAUCAACGAGGAGCGCUCCGAGAUUGUGGACUUCUCCGUGCCCUUCGUGGAGACUGGAAUCAGUGUGAUGGUGGCCAGGAGCAAUGGCACCGUCUCCCCCUCCGCCUUCCUGGAGCCCUACAGCCCAGCCGUGUGGGUGAUGAUGUUUGUGAUGUGUCUGACCGUGGUGGCUGUCACCGUCUUUGUGUUCGAGUACUUCAGCCCUGUUGGUUAUAACCAGAACCUCACCAGCGGCAAAAGGCCGGGUGGUCCCACCUUCACUAUUGGCAAGUCAGUGUGGCUGCUGUGGGCUCUGGUGUUCAACAACUCCGUGCCCAUUGAGAAUCCCAAAGGUACCACCAGCAAGAUCAUGGUGUCAGUGUGGGCCUUCUUCGCCGUCAUCUUCCUUGCCAGCUACACUGCCAACCUGGCUGCCUUCAUGAUCCAGGAGCAGUACAUCGACACUGUGUCAGGGCUGAGCGACAGGAAGUUCCAGAAGCCGCAGGAGCAGUACCCCCCCUUCCGCUUCGGCACCGUCCCCAACGGCAGCACCGAGAGGAACAUCCGCAGCAACUACCCCGACAUGCACACCCACAUGGUGAAGUACAACCAGCGCUCUGUGGAGGAUGCCCUCACCAGCCUCAAAAUGGGGAAGCUGGAUGCCUUCAUCUACGAUGCGGCAGUGCUCAACUACAUGGCGGGCAAAGACGAGGGCUGCAAGCUGGUGACCAUCGGCAGCGGGAAGGUGUUUGCAACCACGGGUUAUGGCAUCGCCCUGCAGAAGGACUCACGCUGGAAGCGAGCCAUCGACCUGGCCCUGCUGCAGUUCCUGGGAGAUGGUGAGACCCAAAAGCUGGAGACGGUGUGGCUAUCGGGGAUCUGUCAGAACGAGAAGAACGAGGUAAUGAGCAGCAAGCUGGACAUCGACAACAUGGCUGGGGUCUUCUACAUGCUGCUGGUGGCCAUGGGGCUCAGCCUGCUGGUCUUCGCCUGGGAGCACCUCGUCUACUGGAAGCUGCGGCACAGUGUUCCCAAGUCCCACAAGUUCGACUUCCUCCUGGCCAUCAGCAGGGGCAUCUACAGCUGCUUCAGCGGGGUGCAGACCCUGGGCAGCCCCGGGCGGACCCCCACGCCCGACGUGACGGCGAGUUCAGCCCAAGCCAACGUGCUGAAGAUGCUGCAGGCGGCCAAGGACAUGGUGUCCACGGCCAGCGUGGGCGGCUCGCUGGAACACGCCACGCGCACCAUCGAGGACUGGAGCAGCCGCAGCGAGCACCUGCAGACCACCUUCUCGCUCAGGACCCCGCAGCUCGUGGUGCAGAACAGCACCGGGACGCACCGCGCUCCCUCCUGCGGCCCCCCGCACCCCGAGAGGCUGCGCGGAGCCCACGCGCCCAAGGGGCCCCCCCGGGGGCUGCAUCUGCCCAUCCCCGUGGACUCCCGGGAGGAGAGAUGGGGAGGGACGAGCGAGCGCAGCCCCCGCGUCCUUCACCCCGUGAAGUUUCGUGGCUGCGAUGCGGCGGACGGAGCCGUCCCGGGGCCCUUCCCGCACCUCCCGGCGCCGGACGGGGAUUUCGAGGAGCACGCGCUGAUGGGGAACCAUGUCGGAGCUCCCGUGGCCGCCCCGACGCCUCCCAGGGAGCUCCCGCCGCCGGACAUUUACCGGGAGCACAGACGGGCGGAGCGGCCGCCCAGCGCCCCGCUGCUCUGCGGGGACGGGACGGCGCCGCGGCCGCUGCCGGCUUCGGAGACGAGAAGGGAGGGGGGGAUCGUCGCGUCCUUCCCCGGCUGCUCCCGCAGCUCCUGCCCCAAAGCCGCCAGGACUUGCAGAGCCGCGGCGCAGCGGGAGCAGCCGAACCGGCGGGCGAGCGCGAACCGAGCGCCGCGGGAGCGGGGGGAGACGCAUCGCGGUGCGGGGCUGCGGCGCUGCGGGGCGCGACCUCCCGCUGCCCGCGGCGACGUCCCCGACCUCUUCCCCGAAGCCGAGGCCGCCCACGGCUGCGCUCCGAGCUGCCCCGAGGCCGCCGGGCGGUUGGCGGGGCCGGGCCGGGCGCCGCGCUCCCCCCUGCUCCGGCUGCCGUCCUACCGGGAAGCGUGCGGCCACAAACCCCGCGGCGCCGCGUGCGCGUCCUACGUCUGCGCGGACUCGUCCGGCCACCCGCUGUACCUGGGCCGGUCGCCCCGCGAGCACCACGACGGGCCGGGGGGCGGCCGGGGGUCGGGGCGCUGGGACGGAGCCUACAGAGACCGGGGGCUGCGGGGGGAGCCGGGCUGGGUCCGCGCGGGGGGCACGGAGCGGUUGGCGGCCCGCGGGGUGACGAGUCCCGGUGCCGGCGGGUCCUGGCGGCGGGUCAACAGCCUGGAGUCAGAGGUUUGAUGGGGACGGGCCGCUCUGAGAGAUGCGCUGCUCCCUGGUCGCCUCCGCUCUGCGCGGAGAGGAGCCAAGCGCCCUUCGCCCAGCUUCCCUGCGCCGGGCUGCUGCUCCUGGAGGCACUCGGGCAUCCUCCAUCACAACAGCGGGAUGCUCCAAACCAGAUCUGCUCACUUUGGAGGCCUAAAGAGCCCCCUCGAGGCUGGAUUGGGCUCUCCCCGCAGGCAGGGCUGGCUGGGGACAUGGGGACACCAAACUCAUUGUCACCAUGUUUCUGUCUUGGUUUCAUCGAGGGACUCCAAGCAUCCUGUCCAGGUCAUUAAAGUGACACUUUGAACCGG